GUUUUAUAAAAUAUAGGAGGGGUUGUUGAUUUUUUUUAAUGGCUCGAUUGAUUCUUCCGUGCAAAAGUUCGUGUUUGGCAAGAACCAGCCUUUUGGGUUUGAUCUCUUCUGCUCCUGUUAAAAGGAGUGUUUGUUCGGUGAAGAAUAUCUCUUGGUAUAGGCAUUUCUCUGCUCUAGAGGCGACCCCUAGAAGGAAGUACUUGUUUCCACAUUCUUUACCUUAUUUUCAGAGGGAAAGGGAAUCCAGCAGGAGGCUGCUUUGUUCAGUUGCAACAGAAUCUUCACCCAAGCAAGUUAAAGAAUCUGAAAUGGAUGCUCCUAAAGAAAUCUUUCUGAAGGACUACAAGUCUCCUGCCUACUACUUUGAUACGGUGGAUUUGAAAUUUUCAUUGGGUGAAGAGAAAACAAUUGUCGCUUCCAAAAUAACUGUUUUCCCCAGUGUUGAAGGUUCUUCUUCUCCAUUGGUUCUGGAUGGGGAAGAUCUAAAACUAAUUUCAAUCAAGGUUGAUGGAAAGGAACUGAAGGAGGGGGAUUAUCAUUUAGACUCACGACAUUUGACACUUCCAUCACCACCACAAGGCAAAUUUACUUUGCAAAUUGAUACUGAGAUACAACCUCAGAAGAACACAUCAUUGGAGGGGCUUUACAAAUCAUCUGGAAAUUUCUGUACACAAUGUGAAGCAGAGGGUUUCAGAAAAAUUACAUUUUAUCAGGACCGUCCUGAUAUAAUGGCAAAAUACACAUGCCGUAUUGAAGCUGAUAAGUCAUUGUAUCCAGUAUUAUUAUCCAAUGGAAAUCUCAUAGAGCAAGGAGACCUUGAGGGUGGCAAGCAUUAUGCUGUAUGGGAGGAUCCCUUUAAGAAGCCAUGUUAUUUGUUUGCCUUGGUAGCUGGCCAAUUAGAGAGCAGAGAUGACAUAUUUGUUACUCGCUCUGGCCGAAAAGUGUCACUAAGGAUAUGGACCCCAGCACAAGAUGUACCCAAGACUGCACAUGCCAUGCAUUCUUUGAAAGCAGCUAUGAAAUGGGAUGAAGAUGUUUUUGGUCUUGAGUAUGACCUCGAUCUCUUCAAUAUUGUUGCUGUUCCUGAUUUCAACAUGGGAGCCAUGGAAAACAAGAGUCUGAAUAUUUUCAAUUCAAAGCUUGUUUUGGCUUCUCCGGAAACUGCUUCAGAUGCUGAUUAUGCUGCAAUUUUGGGUGUUAUUGGUCAUGAGUAUUUUCACAAUUGGACUGGCAACAGAGUGACUUGCCGAGACUGGUUUCAGCUUAGCUUGAAAGAGGGUCUCACAGUUUUCCGUGAUCAGGAAUUUUCAUCUGACAUGGGAAGCCGUACAGUGAAGAGAAUUGCCGACGUUUCAAAACUUCGGAAUUAUCAAUUCCCACAGGAUGCUGGCCCCAUGGCUCAUCCAGUUAGGCCGCAUUCUUAUAUUAAGAUGGACAACUUCUACACAGUGACGGUUUAUGAAAAGGGAGCCGAAGUUGUCAGGAUGUACAAAACACUCCUAGGAACUCAAGGGUUCCGAAAGGGCAUGGAUCUUUACUUUAAAAGACAUGAUGGACAAGCAGUAACGUGUGAAGACUUUUUUGCCGCCAUGCGAGAUGCAAAUGGUGCAAAUUUUGCCAACUUUUUGCUCUGGUAUUCACAAGCUGGGACUCCUGUAGUAAAAGUUUCUUCAUCCUACAAUGCUGAGGCUCGUACUUUUUCUUUGAAGUUUAGUCAGGAGGUUCCCCCAACGCCUGGGCAACCUGUUAAAGAACCCAUGUUCAUUCCUCUGGAUGUCGGUCUAUUGGACUCAAGUGGAAAGGACAUGCCUUUAUCCUCUGUGUAUCAUGAUGGGACAUUGCAGUCUGUUGCAGGCGACAAUCAGCCGGUCUUUAAUACCGUUCUUCGUAUAACUAAGAAAGAAGAAGAAUUUGUGUUUUGUGAUAUAUUUGAACGGCCAAUUCCAUCACUACUGCGAGGUUAUAGUGCACCUGUCCGUCUUGAAUCUGAUCUCUCUGACAGUGACUUGUUUUUCCUUCUUGCACAUGAUUCGGACGAGUUCAAUCGCUGGGAAGCUGGACAGUUGUUGGCAAGGAAGCUCAUGCUCAGCUUAGUCUCUGAUUUUCAAAAAAACAAGUCGCUGACGCUGAAUCCCAAAUUUGUGCAAGGUCUCAAAAGCAUACUUUGCGACACAGGAUUGGAUAAGGAAUUCAUUGCUAAAGCAAUAACUCUCCCUGGUGAAGGGGAGAUUAUGGAUAUGAUGGAAGUUGCUGACCCCGAUGCUGUUCAUGCCGUUAGAACCUUUAUUAGGAAGGAACUUGCCUCACAAUUGAAACCAGAGUUUCUAAGCACAUUUCAGAACAAUAGAAGCUCGGAAGAGUAUACAUUUAACCAUCCUAAUAUGGCUCGACGUGCUCUCAAGAAUACUGCUAUUGCGUAUCUUGCAUCUCUUGAAGAUCCAGAGAUAACAGAGCUUGUACUUCGUGAGUAUAAUACCGCAACAAAUAUGACAGACCAAUUUGCAGCUUUGGCAGCCAUUGCCCAGAAUCCUGGUAAAACUCGAGACGAUGUUUUGGCAGACUUCUAUAGCAAGUGGCAGCAUGAUUACCUCGUUGUAAACAAAUGGUUUGCCCUUCAAGCAAUGUCUGACAUUCCUGGCAAUGUAGAGAAUGUUCGCAAUCUCUUGAAUCAUCCAGCAUUCGACCUGCGUAAUCCAAACAAGGUAUACUCGCUCAUUGGAGGAUUUCGUGGAUCUCCUGUGAAUUUCCAUGCCAAGGAUGGGUCUGGUUACAAGUUUUUGGGUGAAAUAGUUUUACAACUGGACAAAAUAAAUCCUCAGGUGGCCUCGCGCAUGGUGUCAGCCUUCUCAAGAUGGAAGCGUUUCGAUGAAAACAGGCAAAAGCUAGCGAAGCAACAAUUGGAGAUGAUCAUGUCUGCCAAUGGAUUAUCAGAGAACGUAUUCGAGAUUGCCUCUAAGAGCUUAGCUUAGCUUAUCUGUUUCAAAUGGAUCAAAUAACUCUUGCCGUUGAGCUAUAGACAAACAAAAUAAAUUAAUAAAGUGGUUUUAAUGCUCUUAAUUAUUGGUAUAGUCACCGAGUGCUAUGCCAGGAGUUGUUUUCUUAUUCAGUGUGUUCGGAACAGAUGAAAUAGGAACUUCCAUAUGUAUUUUAUAUUGAAUAAUGUUGGACUUGGAUUAAAGUGUUACUUGCUUUUGUUGCA